ACCGGUUUCGAGCCACCUUAAAAGCGGGAGGCAACUGUGAAGUUGCUGGCCAGUAAGUGGUGUGGAGACUACGAAGGGACAUACGGAGAGGGCAGAGAGAGGAAGAGAGAGAAAGUGAGAGAGAGGAAGAAAUUUAUCCUGGGAUCCAGAAGUUCGUGUUAACCUGUGGAAAAUCAAAUCCCUGGAAGUCUUCAGAGACAAGAAGAAAAGAGAUAGAACGCCAGAAACUCCUCUCCACCUCUCUCUUCUAACCCCCAAAUUCCUGGUCCCUUGUACCCCAUUGUGGGGAUAAUAUGUUGUUCUUCGCUCUCCUGUUAAAGGUGACUUGGAUCCUGGCUGCAGAUGGGGGUCACCACUGGACAUAUGAAGCUUCAUUGUUCUGAAACUACAGGCCCACACGGUCAGGACCAUUGGCCAACCUCUUACCCUGAGUGUGGAGGCGAUGCCCAGUCCCCCAUCGAUAUCCAGAUAGACAGUGUGAUAUUUGACCCCGAUCUGCCUGCUGUACAGCCCCAUGGAUAUGACCAGCUUGGGACUGAGCCUUUGGAUCUACACAAUAAUGGCCAUACAGUGCAACUUUCCCUGCCCCCAACCCUGCACCUGGGUGGACUGCCCCGAAAAUACACAGCAGCCCAGCUGCACCUGCACUGGGGUCAGAGAGGAUCCCUCGAGGGAUCAGAGCACCAGAUCAACAGUGAAGCCACGGCUGCAGAGCUCCACGUGGUUCACUAUGACUCGCAGUCCUACAGCAGCUUGAGUGAGGCAGCUCAGAAGCCACUGGGCCUGGCUGUCCUAGGCAUCCUCAUUGAGGUGGGCGAGACUGAGAAUCCAGCUUAUGAUCACAUUCUGAGUCAUCUACAUGAAAUAAGAUACAAAGAUCAGAAGACCUCUGUGCCUCCCUUCAGCGUGAGAGAGCUGUUCCCCCAACAGCUGGAGCAAUUCUUCCGCUACAACGGCUCACUCACAACUCCCCCCUGCUACCAGAGUGUGCUCUGGACAGUCUUCAACAGAAGGGCCCAGAUUUCAAUGGGACAGCUAGAGAAGCUCCAGGAGACAUUGUCCUCUACAGAAGAGGACCCAUCUGAGCCCCUUGUACAGAACUACAGAGUCCCCCAGCCUCUCAACCAGAGGACCAUCUUUGCUUCUUUCAUCCAAGUGGGACCACUGUAUACCACAGGAGAGAUGCUGGGUCUCGGUGUGGGGAUCUUGGCUGGAUGUGUUUGCCUUCUGCUGGCUGUUUAUUUCAUCGCUCAAAAAAUUAGGAAGAAGCGGCUGGGAAACAGGAAAAGUGUGGUUUUCACCUCUGCUCGGGCUACCACAGAGGCGUGAACUCUGUCUCAAGAUGCUGCGGAUGCCUUCCUCUCCUCCUGCCAGGGAGCCUCUCUGAGAGCUGCAGGCACUGGACGACCAGUUGUAGGCAGGCACGUGUCCUUCUAGGUACCACUUCUCUAUACACAUACACCAGGGACCCCAGCUCUUCAAGGAAGGGCUGAGCCUUUGGCCUUUCAAAGCUGUAGAUGAGGAGAUUCCCUGUUCUCAUGUUUGGUUAGGAAGAAGCUGAGGAUAAACUCUGCCAUCCUUCACCUCACACCGCCAUGUUCUCUCCCUUAGAUACACGUUGUAGGUUUUUUUCCUCUAGGAAAAAAGGGCUGCUGCUGGGAUUUUAAUUAUUUUUUGCUCAAUGUAUGUUUGAAAAUUAAAAGUCUUUGACCUUAA